AUGCGGCAGCGUAAUCGACAAUCGAGCGCACAUUUCAACCAGUGUUGGAGGAACACUCGUGCGACCUUGGACGUUUUCUCGAAUAAAUACAAAACGAGCUCGAUAAAUCGCUAUCCGAGACAGCAGUUCGUAAGGGAGCAGGCGCAGCUCCUGGUCAGCGACUUCAUGAAAAAAAUGGACAAGAGAACUUUCAGUGCGCUUCGCUUCCGAGAGGGCGUUGAGAACCUCUACUAUUUAUGGGAAGCGGUUCAAACCAAGGAUCAGGCGGCUCAGAACACCUUAAGUCGUGCACUGAGUGAAAUCGUCCUCGCCUGUGCAGAUCUGGUCGAGUAUUAUGAAGUCUCCGAAAGCGUCGCCGAGACGAAUUGGCUUCUGGUGUCGACGUUCUUCAAGGACCAGAUAAUCGAACACGCUCAUCAGCCGAGGAUCGCGAGACUCGGGGAUUUCUCAUUGGGCAGAAUGAUCGGGGUCGGCGGUUUCGGCGUCGUGUACAAAGCGAAGCUCGGCGAAAUUCCUUGCGUACUGAAAUUCGUGCCUCUGAACAUCCUCCCCAGUCCCGAACAGGCUCUCGUCGAUAAGGAAGUCGCGUGCAUGAUAAGUCACCCUUGUCUAGUAAGCUAUUACGCGUCGUUCAUGAACCGGGACGCUUUCAUAACCUGUAUGGAGUUCAUUGAUGGGGUGUCGCUCAUUCGACUUAUUCAUAGGGCGCCCAAAGGUCUACCCUUGCAGCUCGUCCGAAUCAUCAUCGGUCAGCUGGGUCUGGGGGUACAGCAUCUACAUUUCAAAGGUUUCAUCCAUCGCGAUGUCAAACCGGACAACAUCAUGAUCGGGCCAAGAUGUCGAAUCAAAUUAAUCGAUUUCGACACCUGCAGAGUUUGUUGUGGCAAAUACAGCCCGAAGUUCAUGCCAACAUUUAGGGAAAAAGCGGGAAAAGAGUUCCCGGGCGCUGAUUUCGCGGGCACGAUACCGUACAUGGCGCCGGAAGCUCUCAUGAAAACUGGACUGGGUCGCGCGACGGAUUGGUGGGCCGUUGGCGUUACGACGUAUCACGUGGCUACGGGUCGUUAUCCAUUCAGAGGAUUCACGAUCGAAGAGGUCCAACCUCAAGCCGUGAUUCCGCGGUACACGUGGCCGGCAAUAAAAGAGUGGCCCAAAGAGCUGAUGCAGUUCGUGGCUGAUUGCAUGAAUCCCGAUCCUCACUAUCGCCUGUGCUCGGAACACUACUCGCAUUUCCAGACACACGAGUACUUCCGCGGUAUGGAUUUCCAGUGGCUGGAAAAUGAAGCGGACCUAGGGAGCUUCAAUCUAAUCGACAAAAUCAGAGAGAGAAGCGCCGCUAGAGGCCACGAACACCUUUCAGCCGGCGCUCAGGAACGCCGGCAUCGACUCUUCCCGAGCAUGAGCUUUCAAGAGAAACGAACACAACAGAACUGUUACUGUUACUCAUCUCCUGAAUUUAUUGCUUGUGUCCAAUCUAUCGAAAUGGGCUACUCGCCCUCUCUGGAAGACAUAGCCACCCACCAAGAGAGCCUCGACGUGUACGACGACGACGCGGCACCGUACGUUUUCGAGAACUUCCUGAGAGAUCAUAGGGACGGAGUGCAUGAAACAUACAAGGAGCCUCGAAAUGGCAGCGAUUACCGAAGGAACAGAAACCCGACGUGUAAGGCCACUCACUGCGACGCCGGGGCUUGGAAUGAUCGUAAACCCCUCCCGAGAUAUCGAUAA